GUCGGACCACGGUAUAAUAAACUGCUAGCCGACUUCUGUCGCGCGCGCCUUCUCCUUCUCAAAACAAAUCUCCGCUUUUCAUUCCUCUUUCCGGACUUCUCUCGCUGUCCUCCGAUUGGCCAGAGCGCGGCGCGGCCCCAGCCAAUGACGCCCGAGUUUCUCGUGAAUGAAGUGUGUGUAAUUUGUGAGUUGUGCGUGAGUAAAACAGAUCAAAGCGCUUACGAGUCCGGGUUCGCGGCUCGGGUGGGGGGGGGGAAAUUGGCCACUUUGGGGCGUCGAAAAAGAGGCGUCGACGGAGGGGGUUCGCCAAAGACCCAAUGAAGCAGAAGAGAAGCAAGUGAUCGCCCCCCCCUCCCCGGUCAAAGCUGACUCGUCCGCCUUGGGUCUGGAUCAGGUGCCUCUCCGUCUUUCCCAUCCCAAAGCGGAAUGCUGUAGCCCGAAAUCCCGCGCACGCCGGGCCGGGAGAAACGGGGAACGGGGCUCUCUUCGACUGACACCCGAAGCCCUCUUGGUGAACCAUGAAGAAGCGCCAGAUCCGAAGUUGCCUGCCCGCGCUAACGCUGCUCCUCUGGUGGAGCGUCCGCUCGGCAGGUUCUCAAGCAGUUUGUGCAGGCACCCAAAACGAACUCAGUGUGACAGGAGAUGCCCAGCAACGGUAUCAGACUCUAUAUAAAAUGUACAACAACUGUGAGAUCGUCAUGGGCAACCUUGAGAUAGUACUCAUUGGACAAAACCAGGAUCUUUCUUUCCUGCAGACUAUCCGAGAAGUGACCGGCUAUGUUUUGAUCGCCAUGAAUGUCUUCACUUACCUGCCAUUGCAGAACCUCCGCAUGAUACGUGGGACCCAGUACUACGAAGACAAGUAUGCCCUCUAUGUGGUCCUCAACUAUGAAAAAAAUGUUACACAUGCUCUACACCAAAUGGGUUUCAAUCAGCUCACAGAAAUACUCUCUGGGGGCGUCUAUAUUGGAAAGAACAAACAGCUGUGUCACGUGAACACAAUUGAUUGGGAAGACAUCAUCCGGGAGCCAAAAUUCCAGGCAGUGGUCCAUGACAAUGGGGAGAAAUGUACUCCGUGCCAUGAAAACUGCAAUGGCCACUGUUGGGGACCUGGUCCUGAAGACUGUCAAAAAUUGACAAAAACCAUCUGUGCUGCUCAGUGCAAUGAACGCUGCUUUGGCCCCAACCCCAAUGAAUGCUGUCACGAUGAGUGUGCAGGAGGUUGCACUGGGCCGCUCAAGACAAAGUGCUUUGCCUGCCGUCACUUCAAUGACAGUGGAGCCUGUGAAACCCUCUGUCCUCAGCCAAUGAUCUACAACAGACUCACUUUUCAGCUGGAAACCAAUCCUGAUGCUAAAUACCAAUAUGGUGGUGUGUGUGUUAAAAAUUGUCCACAUAAUUUUGUGGUGGAUCGGACCUCCUGUGUCAGAACCUGUCCCAAUGAUAAAAUGGAAGUUGAAAAAAAUGGCCAGAAGAUCUGUCAGCUUUGUGAGGGACUCUGCCCAAAAGCCUGUGAAGGGACUGGUAUUGGAAGUAAAUAUCAGACAGUGGAUUCCAGCAACAUUGACCGAUUUAUAAACUGCACCAAAAUCUUGGGCAAUUUGGAUUUUCUUAUCACUGGUCUAGAAGGAGACCCUUGGCACAACAUAAACGCACUGGAUCCAGAAAAACUCAAUGUCUUCAGGACAGUGCGAGAGAUCACUGGUUACUUGAAUAUCCAGUCAUGGCCCAAGCACAUGCAGAAUUUCAGCAUCUUCUCCAACUUGGUCACCAUUGGUGGGCGCAGCCUAUAUAACCGUGGAUUUUCUUUGCUGAUCAUGAAGAACAUGAACAUCACCUCCUUAGACUUCCGCUCCCUUCGGGAGAUCAGUGCUGGCCAGGUCUACAUCACUGAGAAUCGACAACUUUGCUAUUAUCACACCAUCAACUGGACACGUCUCUCUCGCCGACGGGCAGAUCUUAACAUCAGGAGUAACAAAUCUCCCAAGAAAUGCAUGCAAGAGGGAAAGGUCUGCGAUCCUCUUUGCUCCAGUGAUGGGUGUUGGGGGCCUGGCCCAGACCAGUGUGUCUCUUGCCAGAACUACAGCCGUGAAGGGGUCUGCACCGUCUCCUGCAACUUCUACGAGGGGGAGAACCGAGAGUUUGCUCAAGGGAAUGUUUGCUUGCUGUGCCAUCCAGAAUGCCAGAGGAUCGAGGGAGGCCUCACCUGUAAUGGACAAGGGGCUGAUGAGUGUGUGACCUGUGCAAACUAUAAGGAUGGGCCCCAUUGUGUUGAAAGCUGCCCAUCAGGAAUCCUUGGGGCGAAGGGACUAAUCUUCAAGUAUCCUGAUGCCAAAAAGGAGUGCUGGCUGUGCCAUGAGAAUUGCACAGAGGGGUGUUCUGGUCCAGAGAUUGAAAAUUGCUUCACUGUGGGACUGCCUGGCCCCAGGAAAGCGCCAACAAUGAUUGCUAUGGUGAUUGUGGGCUGCCUCUUCGCCUUCUGUUUAUUUGUUUUGCUCACCUUCGUAUGCUGCCGUAACAAGAAGAUUCAGAAGAAGAGAGCCAUGCGCAGAUACUUAGAGAGAGGGGAGAGUUUGGAACCUCUGGAUCCCAGCGAAAAAGCCAACAAGGUCCUGGCUCGAAUCUUCAAGGAGACAGAAUUAAAGAAGCUGAAAGUUCUAGGAUCAGGCGUGUUUGGAACAGUGCAUAGAGGUGUCUGGAUUCCAGAAGGAGACUCUAUUAAGAUCCCUGUAAGCAUCAAAGUUAUCCAGGAUCCAAGUGGUCGACAGUCCUUCCAUGCUGUAACUGAUCACAUGCUAGCUAUAGGUAGCCUGGAUCACGCAUACAUUGUCCGUCUCUUGGGCAUCUGUAUUGGUCCCCAGCUGCAACUUGUCACCCAGCUUCUCCCAUUGGGCUCCCUGCUGGAGUAUAUUCGCAAAAACAGAGAUGCCAUUGGUCCUCAGCUGAUGCUUAACUGGUGUGUCCAGAUUGCCAAGGGUAUGUACUAUCUGGAAGAACAUCGUAUGGUACACCGCAACCUGGCUGCCCGUAAUGUUUUGGUUAAAUCCCCUAGCCAAGUACAAGUGGCAGAUUUUGGCAUUGCUGAUUUGCUCUACCCAGAUGAUAAGAAAUACUUUUACAAUGAAAUUAAGACACCAAUAAAGUGGAUGGCAUUAGAGAGUAUACAUUUUGGAAAAUAUACACACCAAAGUGAUGUGUGGAGUUAUGGAGUGACAUUAUGGGAGAUGAUGACUUUCGGAGGAGAACCUUAUGCUGGAAUCCACCUUUCAGAAGUUCCUGAUCUACUGGAAAAGGGAGAACGCCUCUCACAACCCCAGAUCUGCACCAUUGAUGUCUACAUGGUGAUGGUAAAAUGCUGGAUGAUUGAUGAGAACGUUCGUCCCACCUUCAAAGAGCUAGCCAAUGAGUUCACACGAAUGGCCCGUGACCCUCCUCGCUACCUGGUGAUUAAGAGAGAAAGUGGGACGCUCUCUCCAGUAGAGCCGCCCUCACUCAGCGAAAAGGAGUUAGACGAGAUGGAGACACUGGAGAUGGAAUCGGAGUUGGAGGAGGAGGAACUUCACAACCUUUUUGCCUCUCGGCAAUGGGUGGACUCCACACGGCCUCCAAAUCUUCUGAACUCCUCUGCUGGAUACAUCCCCAUGAAUCAAAGCACCCUUGGUGGAGGUCGGCAGGGUACAGGAGUGGGCUCCCGGCAGACUUUGCGCAUAAGGCAGGAGUCGAUGGGCCGUACUAUAUCGGAGUCCUCUGAAGGACGAGGCACAACCUCAGAUUAUGACCUCACGGAGGAUCUGUCACUGUCUGGAAGCUUAUGCCGCAGCCUGCAGUCCCGGGGAGACAGUGCUUACCUGUCUCAGCGAGAGAGUCUCAUGCUGCCCAUUGGCAAUGCUGACGGAGAGGAGGAUGCCAAUGGCUAUGUUAUGCCAGAUCGAAAUGGCAGAGAGCGUGCUGCUGGCCUUACUGCUUCCCUGAUGCGUGGCUCCGUCCCGGUACAUGAAGUGGAGGAAGAGUAUGAGUACAUGAACCGCCGCACUCCACAGUCCUCACAACCCCGGCCAGCCUCUUUGGAGGAGCUUGGCUAUGAGUAUAUGGAUCUUGGCUCAGAGCUGAGUGCAUCUUUGGGCAGUGUGCCAAGCUCCCAACUGACUACACCUUGCAGGGAGGAUGAAGACGAGGAAGAGGACUACGAGUAUAUGAACAAACAGCCCAAACUUAGCAAGUCUCUGAGUAGCAUCCUCAGUUCUCAGGGAGACUAUACCGAUAUGGAUUCCGGCAUCACCCAGAGCUCCCCAGAUGAGCAGGGAUAUGAGGAAAUGGGUACUGUGUUGCCCGCAGUCCAGUGUCAAGGCUGCCAGAGUCCACCCUGUCCCAAGAAUAUUUUCAUGAAACCCUUGCGCACACUGGACUCCUCAGAUUGUGCCUUCGAUAAUCCAGAUUACUGGCACAGCCGGAUGUUCAGCAAAGUUGAUGCUCAGAGGACAUAGCUGGGGGCUGGAAGCUUUUUCUGACUUUUCACGGGUAGCUGAAAAACCCUUAAUGCAAUCACACUUUAUGGUGAUUGCGAACUGCAAAAGCAGACUUCUAUUCAUCUCCAAAGCCUCUGUGAUGUUGACCAUAGUAAGCAACCUAUCUAGACCAAUGAUGGGCUUCUGAAGAACAACUGCACUGCAGUUUUUCCGUCUUGCACUGUGGAUCAACAGCUGUCUUCGGUUGGGUCUCUUCGGUUCAAAGGCAUUGGACCUGCAAGGCAAAUAGGACCAGUUGAGGAAACAGAGUCCAAACUGGAAUCCAUUCCUGUACGCAAACAAAGUAAUGCCUACUUUUGCAGUGUAGGGUUUUGAAAGAGACUUGCUAACAGCUGCUCCAAACCAAAGUGCUCUGCCCACAGAUGGACAACACUGGAAGCAACUCUGAUACAGCCAGCCUUCUAUGCUGUCCAGGGAAGUGUUGCACUCUGCGACAACCCUCUGUCCGUUACGAGCAGAGGGGCCUUAAUUGUGAACGAAGCAUGUGCUGAGCCUUACAGUUGGCCGUAAGGCUGAAGGGACAAACUUCUUGAGAAAAAGGAUGCUGAUAUUUGUAAUAUAUUCCUCUAGUAAUAUUGUAACAGUAGAGGAAAUGAUUAAUCCUCAGGGUGGAUAUGAAGGAUAAGGGUACUUUUUCUGAGAACUUGUGACAAGCAACCUCAAUGAAGAAGCCAAUAUGCCCAUGGAUGAGCUACGAGAUGACUAGGUUUUGCUCCUACCUCUCAGUAAGACAUUUGGCACUCUUGGUUCUGCCUAUGUUGUGAUAUUUCUGUUUUGCUGUUAGGAAUCUCCAUAUCGGAGUGAGAAGAGUCUGAACGUGUAGGAAGCCAAUUUCCACUAUGGGCAUUUAGAUAUUCAUGAUUACAAGCAACUUAAUAUUUUUCUUUCUCAACUGUGGAAGAUCCAGCAAAUAAUCUCCAAAUAACCUCAGAACCACAAGCAAUAGGGAGAGAGUGCCAACUGUUAUAAGCAAGGGGGCAGAAAUUUUUCAAUGGUCCUAUGCAGAAGAUGCCAGAGCCAGAGACUUUUUUUUUUUUUUUGAAAAGCAAUAAGCUUUAUAUUUCCUUCUUUGCUAGAAUGGAAUAUGGAAUUGUUUGUCAGAUUAAGGACCAAGAAAAGAGACCAGCAGCAACUUAAUCUUUGCUACAAAAAAAAAAUGAUAACAGGAGGGAGGUCUUCUUAUUCCUGAAGUAACUACUGUACUUUUGUUUGAAAGGGCAUAAAGGCACACUGAAUUUUAUGGCAUUAUUAUGAUUCUUUUGAGUCAAGCUCAUUUAUACAAGAGCCUGACUUGGGAACAACCCCCCCCUUUUUUUUCUCACCAUCUCUCCUCCCUACCCUAAGGGCUUAUUACAGAAUACACAACCUUGACAUAACCCAGGUGUUUCAGAUUCCACCAAAUAAAUAGGCAUUUUAAAAAAGCAGAAAUCCAUCUCAAUUUGUGAGACACCAGGCUGUGAUUUGCUCUUUUCAAUGGCUUCUCCGCAGUUUUGAACAGCAUGUUCCUCUCUUCCGUAACUGGUCACUGUUGUGGCCAAGUGUAGAAUUUACCAUGCAGCACUGAUAUGGUCAGAACAAUUAUUCAGGUUGUUUUAAGAGCCCAUCCUGCUGGUUCCUGGGUGUUCCUUUGAAUUGCCAAUGUCUGACUAAAAUGUCAGUGGAUAUUUCAGAAAACCUAUAUAUGUGUGCAUGCAAUCAAUCUGCUUUGAUGGUUGCCAGCUGAGCUAUUUUUUUCCCCUCUAAAUCACAUUGAGUGAACCAAAAAAAUAAAUAAGAGUGUGAUAUAAAAGGAAAUUCAAUUCUUUGCCCAUGAGAGCCAAGUACAAACAUGAUGGUGUAUUUUCAGGUGUGCAUUCUUGAAUUGAUUGUUGAACUCAGUUGGAUUUGAACUGACCUUGAGCUUCAAGGGCUUCUGAAGGAAUCUGGCCAUUAGUGAUAUUUUGCUACUGCUGCUUUUGAGAAACACAAAAUGCUGAUUGAACAAAUCUGUCCUGUUCCUGCCCAGGUCAGAAUUCCUUAAGAUAUAGUCAUACCUGAAAGGGCUAUAAACCACCUAAUUCAUCUACUGAAUGGCUAUAAACCGCCUAAUUCAUCUACCUGAAGGGCUAUAAACUGCCUAAUUCAUCUACCUAAUUCAGCUCCUACCAGUUAGAAGUGCUAGAAAGCCACACAAGAAGAGAAGGAUGCUAUGGACGCUAGUAGGCUGCCCUCUAGUGAGUAAACUACAUAAAAUAUCUUGCUUUGUGAUUGGACUGAGAUAGAAAUUCAUUGAAACUAAAGCUUUGAGGAAAUGGGAAAUAUAAAUUUGUUCUCCUUGUUCAUUAAACAAACACAGCUUUUCCCAUUCCUUCUGCCCUCCAUAGUAGAACAUAUCUGGGUAAAAACCAACAUUUUAAAUUGAUUAAAUUGUGCAUGUCAUGAACAUUCAUAAAAUAAUGGAGUAAGCCCAGAUAAACAUAGUAGAAUUUACUUCCUGAGUAAAGAAACAUAGAUUUGCUAUAUUCUAAAAUCAAAAUCCACCAGAGCUGUGUGUAAUUGCAAAAAAAAAAUAAAUCUUACCUUGAUUUUUGAGUCA